CCAAAAUAAAAAGCACUACCAGACUCCAUUCUUCCUCUAUAUUUUCAAGUUAUUUCUCUUUUUCUCUGAUUAAUAAUUUCUAGCUUAAUCCCCAUAAUCACAAUGGCUGUAUUGGAAGAGCUGCCCAUAAAGAAGAGAGCUCCACAAGGCGCAAUUAUUGAGCGAUUAUUAUUGGACUGUCCACUGGAAAAUGCCCGCUCACGGACUAGGUCUCGUAACGCAAAAGAAAUAUACUUUGACGAAGCAACGGUGAACCAAUUCUCUCGAAAUCCUACAUUUGCCUAUGGAAACAAGUACUCUGUUCGAUGCUAUAAUGGCUUCCAUCUUGAUGACAAAAUUGGUCACGCUAAGGGAGCUUCACUCACCAUUGUCUACAUCUCAUACUUUAACACCAAUUUGAUGAUCAUUGCAUCGUUGCCCCACAACUUUCGGAUUCAGCUUCCCAACAGUUCUUUGCAAUUGCCAAUUGCAACGUGUCAUCUUCAGGAUUAUUGGGCUUACAACUCGGUUUUAUUUAAUUUGGAUGUGGCUGAACCAUCUUCCAAGCACCAACAACAUCAUCAGAAUUUAAUGGUAUCUGUUGGUGAUCCAAAUGUCACGAAGUCUUCGGACAUCAGCUCUUUCCGAUCAUGUUCAGUUAGCACUUUAAAAAGCUUGCGCCAUCUACCUCUUUCUAGUUAUAGCAACACAAGAGGAGACGAGAUUCCUAAGCAGGCUGGAGUUGGCAAGUUCAAAGACAUAACGAAGAAUAACUUCAAUUGCUCAGCAGUACAUGCUUCUAGGAAUGAGACGGGAAGAUCGCGUUUAAACACCAAUGCUGCCCUCAAAGUGAAGAAAGAAUAUGUUCUAUUACCCGCAGCUACUCUAUUAGCUACUGUUUUGUUUACAGCAGCUUGCCGCUUCCCGCGCUUCAUUACGAGGGCUAAUUACAUCUAUGACUAUGACACAGGUCGAAUUGUUCAAGGGGAAAGAGAUUCCACUAUCACGUCAUCAUUCAUAUUAUUUAACUCAACAGGUUUCAUAGUAUCGUUAGCCAUUGUUAUCUCCAUUCUACGCGGUUUUCCACUGAAACCAUGGCCUCAAAUCUCAGUAUCUAUGUUGUUUGGCUCCUACAUGUGCUUGAUCAUGAAAAUAUUACCAUGGGAAUCCUGGCUUGUAUUCUUCCUUUCCGUCCCAUUACUAGUAUUAGCAGCAGCAGGAAAACUGUGCGACUUUGCUCAGUAGACUUUUACUGUUCUGCUAUUUGUUUAACGACUACGGUACUUUAGAUAUCAUGGUUGUUUCUUAAUUAUUCUCUCUGUUAAAUUUAUAUUCAGUGGAUCUCAUGUAUCUCACAUUCGUAGAAUUAAGGAAGAUGAGGACCAUAACGGGCCUGCUUUGUUUCUUGUCAUUCUUCUGUUUUGCCAUUUCCAAGUAUUAUUGCUUGAAAUAUAAAAGUAAUAGCUAGUCCCAG